CCACCAACGGUCUGUGAAGAUGCCACUGACUGAAAACUUCGAGAACAAUUCUGGCUGAAUGAUGUGCUGAGUUCUGAGCUGCGGCAGCAACAAGCCUGUGUCCAAACAAGUGACAAAAGGACUAAGCUUCAUUGUGAUGCCCCUGGUCCAUCAAGCUGCCAGCACUCACUGUUCAGGUGUGCACAUGAAGGUUUGUGUCAACUGUAAGCCAACUAUCACCUGUGGCAAUGGAGGACGAGACGGCGCCAGCACCCGUGGAAGGUGAGGAGGAGACACCAGCACCUGACGAAGCGGCAGCUGAGGAACCAGCAAAUGAGGAAGAAGCACCAGCAGAACCAGAGGCAGAACCAGAGGCAGCACCAGAGGAGGCAGAGGCAGAACCAGAGGCAGAGGCAGAACCAGAACCAGAGGCAGCACCAGAGGAGGCUCCAGCAGAACCAGAGGCAGCACCGGAAGAAACAGCACGCGCAGAAUCACCAAAAGAUGAGGCAGCAGCUGCGGAAUCACCGAAAGCGGCGACACCUGCAGAAUCACCGAAAACGGUGGCAACUCCUCCGGGAUCACCCAAGCCAGAAUCACCGAAAAAGGAGCCCACGCCUGUAGAGUCACCGAAAAAGGCCACACCUGCAGCGUCACCAGAGGCAGGAACACGUGCAGAGUCACCAAAGGAGAAAACACCCGCAGAAUCACCGAAAGAGGGGGUCACACGGGCAGAGUCACCAAAAGAAGCAGCGCGUGCGGAGACACCGGAGGAAGCGGCGGCACGUGCCGAGUCACCAAAAGAGGCACCGGCGGAAGAGGCAGCUCGUGCAGGGUCACCAAAAGAGGAGAAAGCACCAGAGGAAGCAGCGAAAGAGGAGAAAGCACCAGAGGAAGCAGCAAAAGGGGAAGAGGGGGAAACUUGUCAAAAACCAGACAAGCCACCGGGAGAGAGCGAAGAGGAAGCAAAGGCAGCAGACAAGGCUAAAGAAGAUAAAGCAGCAGCAGAAGGAGGCACCUGUGCCAAACCCAAACCGGAAGAGGGCACUGGUGAAAAAGGAGCCGCUGAUGAUAAAGCAGCAGCAGAAGGAGGGGGCACCUGUGCCAAACCCAAACCGGAAGAGAGCGCUGGUGAAAAAGGAGCCGCUGAUGAUAAAGCAGCAGCGGCAGCACCAGCAGCAGGAGGCCCCUGUGGAAAAUCUAAACCAGAAGAGAGCGCUGGUGAAAAAGGAGCCGCUGAUGAUAAAGCAGCAGCGGCAGCACCAGCAGCAGGAGGCCCCUGUGGAAAAUCUAAACCAGAAGAGAGCGCUGGUGAAAAAGGAGCCGCUGAUGAUAAAGCAGCAGCACCAGCAGCAGGAGGCCCCUGCGGAAAAUCUAAACCAGAAGAGAGCGCUGGUGAAAAACCAAAACCAGCAGAAGGUAUCUGUGGAAAAUCAGCAAACGAUGGCGCUGAUACAAAAUCAAAGGAGGCAGAAACAAAACAAACAGAAGAGAGUGACAAAGCAAAGCCAACAAAAAUUUGCGCUCCUUGUGCUAAAGCAGCAGCUGUGGGUGCUGGCUGUAAAUUCAACCCACCAGUAGAUAGCCCCUCCAACAAUGCUGAGUUUGCACCAGUCAGUUCCUCUACAAACAAAGAUGUUACUCCUUGCUCAAAACCAAAAGAGGCAGAGCCCUGUGGCUGUAAAUUCAAAUCACCAUCAGACGCCACUGAUACAUCAGUUCCAACCUCUGCAAGAUCAAAAUCGAGCAAAUGCUGGGGAAGUGAUCAGCGAACAGAGGUCUGUGGAUGUGGAAGGCCAAAGCCAGCUGGAGCCAAAACCUGUGGAAGUCCACCCAAAGUCAUCUGUGGCUGUAAAGACCCCAAAACAGGAGGCAAAACCUCUGGGAAAUCAAAGCAAUAAGCAGCAGGAUUGUCUUCCCAAUGAACUGGUAAAGUUGCAACCCAGCUUCUUUCUGACAUAGACGUACAGCACAAAACAACCCCUAAAGGAUGGAUAAAUGCUAUGAAAAAAUUUCGCAACAUGGGGCUGAGCAGGGAUUCUACUCUUCGUUUAACAACUGAGCUUAGAGUAUGUGGCACUAAUAUUAAAUCACAGAGAUGUUCCUUUCCCCAAACCUUGAAAUAGAAAUAACUUCUUAUCAACUCACCAGAACCAUAAGCCCACCAAAAAUCAACAAAAAAUGUCCAUUGAUUAAUGGAAGAAAGUCCUGAAUAUUUUAAUAUUGAGUCUGUAGAAAACUGUGCAGUAAGUGGGGAGGGAUGCACCUAAAUACCUGAGCACCCAUGAUAUAGCCUGCUUUAGGCUUUAGGGUAUCCAUGGGAACAAGAGGUGCGAGGUUAGGGUGGGUGUAGAAUAUCAUAGAUUCUGAAACAGUUACCAGUCCCAAAACCAGAACACAGACACAUCUUCCUUCACUGAAUUACACAUGAUUUCAUCUUAUCAGUAACACAAACCUGCCUCAAUACUUCAACAGUAUCCACACUAAGAGAAUCAAUGUCUCACUGUUUUUAUAUAAAUUCCUUUUUUUCCACCCAAAGCACUAAACCUGGCUGGUAUCUCAGAUAACCAUGGAAAGGAGAUGUUAAACGCGAAGGGAAAAGGUAAACAUAUGAAUAAACAACUAUCCGUCCAUUUUGAAACUUGCUUCAUCUCACACACAUCCCAUUAAUUAGUGAAUUAAUUUGCUUUCAUUGCAAUUUUAAUACUCAUCUGAUGGAACUGUGAACUUUCUCCCCUAUUCGAGCAUUGCAAUGUCAGCACCAAGUUCUCUCUGGUCAGAUAUGGUGCACGUGUCCCAAGUAAUAGAAAAUAUAGAAACAGAAGUAGGCCAAUAAACCAAUUGCAUUAAGUUCAGCAGCUCAAUGCUGAAUAUGAAACAUAUGAAUAAACAACUAUCCGUCCAUUUUGAAACUUGCUUCAUCUCACACACAUCCCAUUAAUUAGUGAAUUAAUUUGCUUUCAUUGCAAUUUUAAUAGUCAUCUGAUGGAGCUGUGAACUUUCUCCCCUAUUCGAGCAUUGCAAUGUCAGCACCAAGUUUACCUGCUCACAUCGUCUACCUGCACUGGUUCCAAUGCAUUAGUAUCCUUACAGAUUAAAACUUCUUCAGCAACUGCGUUAAUCUCAACCUUCCCAUCAUGUGUGACAUUUAAUUCUAUUGACAGCAUCAUUAUGAUUGGAAAGUCUAGAAUGCAUCCAGCUCAAGCAGAGUGCUGCCAGAUGUAAAGUAACACUCCCUUUCUCUACAUCAAAUCUACUCAAAAUUGUUUCAAAUUAAGAUCACUCAACCCAUUCUCAUUGAAUACCAUUGUCUCGUUUUUACAGCUCGAUACUUAAAUUAGGCUCAUUGGCACAAUCUCAAAAAAUCCUUGUCAAAAAAACAUGUCAUUUUUCAUUUCUUACUGCCAUUUUUCUUGGACAGAAACCUUAGAAAAACACACAUGAACAUAGUUAGCACAUUUGCAAAGUAAGCAACAGGUAAAUCAGUUUGGUCGAACAUAAGACUAGAACAUAAGACUUCAGUUCCUUCUGUGCACCGUUCCACAUCUCUUCAAGAUGCCAGAAUCAAGACCAUUGUUGCUAACUGAUUAUGUUUGAAGAGUACCACCGCUGAUCAUGGUUCAUGAUAACAACUUCAUGGCAAGUAAUCAUUCAAAACACAGCCUUGAAUACGAUAGCAAUAAAGAAAUGAGUUUUGACUCCGACUCUGUGUCUUGCUGUACUUUUUUUUAAGGGACUUUUGUCAACUGCUGUAAUCCACAAAGCAAGUACAGGUAAUAAACAACACUAUUAAAUUAGUUAAGCUUCAGUUAAACAACUGUGGUCAAAAGAACACAAGAAACAGUAGACCAAUCAAUCCAUCAAGCCUACUUCACAAUCAUGAAGAUUCAAAUCACAUUUCCUGCUCUCUUCCCAUUCCCCUCACACUCC